AUGCGCUGGAUGCGGCGAAACGCACGCCGCCCGAUCGAGAGCUUGUACGAGGAUCAUCCCUCCGUGGGUAGCGACACGGAGACCUCUGGCCCGCCCAACAGCGAGGGGCGGGCUGCGGGAUCUGAGGGAGGGAGGGAGAGAUUGACCCGGUCACGCAGCCGGCCAACGGAGCGGAAUCGCUCUACAGUAAGGUUUCAAGAAGGAUCUAUACUGCCAUACAGCUCGCAGGAGCUUGUCUCUGUGCAGCAAGAAGAGGCCCUGAUAGACCUAAACCCGGAAAUGGACGUAGACCCUAUCCCGUCCGAGUCAGAACCGUCGAUUGCCCAGCAAAUCGACAUGAUCAGCGAACCGGAGACGCCCGCACCUGUGACCCCUGCCCCCAGGGGUCGCACUCUGAGCAAGAGGCGCCCCCGCAGCGUCACCUCGGAGAUAACGAGGCAGAGCGCUAGACACCAUGUAGCGCAAGAAGCCGUUUGCCUUGCCAUGACUGCCCUCCCGAAAUUGCUGGAGGCACCUCUUAUCCCUGCACCUACCCCCUCAGGGCAUUCGACCACGAUAGUCCUGGCCGAGGACAACACGUCUGCCCGCUCAAAACACACAACCCAUUCGAGGGACAUUCAAGAGCUUGAUCUGACCGAUGCCGAUGGCAAGCGUCUUCGCGUCUUCAAUAUAUAUAAUCGACCUGCCGAGGUUGGCACAGGCACCUUAGGCCAGGUCCUCGGCUCGCAGGACCUGACCCCUAGGUUCGUUGCCUGUGAGGUCACUGAAAAGAUCCAUGUAGAUUCCGAUUACCUACCUAUACGGACCCUUAUCGACAUCCAAAUCAAGACCCCGGAGGCGCAGCGGCGCCGCAACUAG